AUGUCAUAUUUUUCUGUGCAUCAAUUUUCCAACUUGUCACAAGUUUUUUGGGAGGUCAUCACUAAAAAAUGCAGAGUGUGUCGUAUCAUUUGUGAAAAACAAGCCCCAUUUGUGAGAAGCUGCACAUCCAACUCAUUGCAAUGCAUUGGGGGGAGACGUCGCCAAAAUUCACAGAAUAUGUCAUAUUAUUUGAGUGGAAAACGUGGGUUUUUAUUUAGAAGCUGUGCGUCGACAUUAGAACUCGUCGCAAUGCUUUUGGGAGAGACAUCACCAAAAAGACACAGAGUACGACAUCUAGAGGGAAAUGUGCGCCCCAUUUGCGAGAAGCUACACUUCAAAGUUUAA